GGUUGGAUUGCAGAGUCGAUUAAUUAGUUAGGUAGUCAUGGCGGCACCUUUCCCGUCUUCUUGUUCUCGUGCAAGAAUGGCGGUGGUGGUGGCGCUGCUUCUAGUGACAACGGCGGCAGCUCCGGCGGCCGUGGCGUUGCUGAAGGACGACAUCGAGUUCAUGUGGGGCCCGGACCAUAGCUUCUUCUCCGAUGACGGCAACACCCUCGCGCUGUGCCUCGAGAAGACCCACGGCUCCGGCUUCCGCUCCAAGGGCGCCUACCUCUACGCCCGCUACGACAUCGACGUCAAGCUCGUCGCCAACAACUCCGCCGGCACCGUCACCACGGUCUACCUGACGACGGAUGACGUGCGUCCGGGGUACCAUGACGAGGUGGACAUGGAGUUCCUGGGCAACGUCACCGGCGAGCCGUACACGCUGCACACAAACAUCUUCGUGGACAGCGUCGGCAACCGCGAGCAGCAGUUCCGGCUAUGGUUCGACCCCACCAAGGACUUCCACACUUACUCCGUCCAAUGGACACCCAAGAACAUCAUAUUCCUCAUCGACGGCACGCCCAUCCGCGUGUACAAGCACGAGCCUUGGCGCGGCGGGACGUUCCCGACACAGCGGCACAUGCGGCUGGACGGGAGCCUGUGGAACGCCGACGAUUGGGCGACGCAGGGCGGCCGCGUCAAGACGGACUGGAUGCACGCGCCGUUCUAUGCCUACUACCGCAACUUGCGCGUGACGCCGUGCGCGGCGUCGCCGUCCCCUGGCGUCGCAUCGUGCAGCGAUGAGCCACCGGCGUCGGCGGCGCUGCAGAAGGUGCGAGCGCAGCAUCUGCUCUAUGACUACUGCGAGGAUCAGAACCGGUUCAAGGACAUGGGGCUUCCCAAGGAAUGUACUGCAGACUAGAUGAAGCCGUAACUGUGCAUUUGAUCACUUUGCACUUAAAUAUAUAAAUGCAUAUGAAUUCAACAAGAUAUUGUAAGUUGGCAUUCGUGUUUUUUCAACCAACCAAGCGCGGGCAUCACGAGAGGGAUGGCACCCGAGUGCCUCCCCCUCGCCGCUCCGCCAUGACUUCUUCCA